GAACAGAGUGGAAACAACAUGCGGUGCGUCACCAAGUGACGUUCACAAAUACAUACAAAGGCGCAUAAAUUUUACGCGUGUGUGUAGGAGAGCGCGCGUGUGUGUGUGUGAAGCAGCAUUGAAAAACACUUUGGCUAGACAAAAGCCAAACUGAAAAGCAGGAAGCUGAUUGUAAAGUAAGCCUUGACCUGAACCAAUGCAAUUGCAAUAACAACAAGCGAACAAUAGCAGUCAGACGAAGUGGAAAGCGGAGUUCACCUGCUCAGCAAGGAGGUGCAAAGGCGCGUCAUGACGUCGACCGUGCACGGGCCAGUCAAUUAACGGCAAAAAGUACAACAGCUUGGGCAUAGAGUAACGCGGAAGCAACAAUAAAACAAAAAAAAAACUGUGGCCUACAUUGCGGCAACAGCAGCUCUGGAGCAGGAGCAUGGGCUCAUGUCUCGGCAGCUGUGUUGCCUCUACCACCACCACGACCAGUGCUCCAAACUCAAUUACAAGCAGCGGCACAGCCUCCUCGUCUUCCUCAUCGACAAGCUCCGCAUCUUGCGUGCCUGCCGCCAGCAGUUGCCUGCCCUGGCGACGUCGACGCACGAGAACAAGAUGCACAGCAGAUGAGCCAGAGACUGAACUGCUAUCGAAUGCCGGUGAGCGCUGUCAGCAUCGUGGGCUUGUCUAUCGCAUACUCAAGUUCAGGAGGAAGCAGCAGUGCCCUCAAUUCCUGGACAAGUACUGGGAGCAACAGCCCAGCUAUGCCAAGCUACAAACCGACAGCUGUCUACAGGAUAUACAGCUACAAAAUCUGGACGUGCAGAAGCUGCUGAAUGCCAGCAAUACGCCAAGCAAGGAGACAGAAUUGCAGCACUAUACGCGCAUGGUGAACUCUAGAGCUAGCUCCUCGCUGGAUCUGGAAUGGGAGCACGAGUACUCGCAAUUAAGGCAAUACCAGCAGCACCAGCAGCAGCAGCAGCAACAACAAAAGGAACAGCCACACACGCAGGCCACACCGCAAAUGGCGGACAAACACGCACGCUACGCAUCACUGGACCAAUUAACCACAGCCGCAUCGAUGGCGACCAGCCAUGGACGACAUGCGGCGGCGGCGCGUCAGGCGCGUUUGAGUGGCCAACGUUAUGGCGGCUCAUUUACGCGCACUUCCUGCUGUUCGUCCACACAGAACUCAUGGUCACACAUAUCCACACCCGAAUCGCUCGAAUGGGACAUUGAUGCGGAGCAGGAGCAGCAGCGACAACUGCGCCAAGAGGAUGACAACUUGGACGAGGAAACACUCAAGCUGUUGCAUCAAAUUGAGCAGCUCAAGCAUCAUGUGCUGCACGAGACUGGAGACGGGCUAAGCAACGAUGGACUGCCAAUGCAGCCCACACACUUUGGUAUGAACAAUGGCUCUGAGCUAGAGGCGUCCAUUAGUUGAUCUAUCCAUCCUCAAUAUUGAGAUACACCUAAUGUUACAAAACAGGGAUCGUAAUUCUUAUAGAUUUAUAUGCAUUAGAAAUGCACUAUAUACUUAGUUUGAUUUUAUAUGCAAAUUAUAUACUUAUGU